GAUUCUACACGUUUUAGCCUGAUUCGAUCCGUCAGAGCAGAAGCCCAAUCGUUUCAUCAACGCCUUUAACCCGAUUUAAUUUCCAGAUUCUUGCCGAAGAGGAUUCGAACCUGUGUCGUCAUGGGCUGUUGUGCAUCAUGUUUUGGUGGGCAGACUCCGGAAGAAAUUGAAAGGGAGAAACUUGCUUCUGAAGAAGUCCGACAAAAUGCUGCAAAGGCCGCCCAACAACGGCAAGAGCAAUUUGAGAAAUCGGCUGCAGGAAGGGCUGCCCGUGCACAAAUAGCAAUGCAAGCAAAACAGUCAGCAAAUUCUAAUACAGGCGAACCAGUUCUCAAGUGGCAAAUGGGGUGAUGAUUUAGGACACUGCUAGUAAAUGGGAAUAAUCAAAUGUAUUCAUCCACAUCAGCUAUCAUGCCAUCCUGAACAUAAAUAAAAUUAACAGUUUUCAUGAAAUUUUGUAAAGUUUAUUUGAUUUGCUUGUGCUCUUCGACAAUUGAAAUUAGCAUCUUCAAAAAUGUAAAUAAUUGCUUUAUUCAUUUUUCCUAUUGAUAUGUAGGCUUUUAGGUUCUCUUCCUAUUGAUAUGUAUAUUGAUACGCAAUGUGAAUAUUCAUAUUCCCAAAUCUAUUAUUUUGCUGAAUAAAUAAUGGCAAUUAUACUACAGUAUAGCUACUGUUUUUCUUUUA